CACACACACACACGGAGGAAAUAUAACGAGAAUCACACAACAGUUGUUCUACAACAUGGAAAACGAUGAGUAUAGAUAUCUUUUCAAGUACCUGCUGAUAGGGGACCCGGGUGUAGGGAAAUCCAAUCUGUUACUCCGGUUCGCGGAUGAUAAAUUUUCAGACACGUACAUCUACACUAUUGGAGUAGACUUCAAAAUUCGAACAGUGAGCAUUGAUAACAGCGCCGUACGAUUACAAGUUUGGGACACGGCGGGACAGGAGCGAUUUAAAACCAUUACCUCAUCAUUUUACCGCGGGUCGCACGGUAUUAUGCUUGUCUAUGACGUCACUGACAUGGAGUCCUUCCGACACGUGGAGUCAUGGCUUCAGGAGGUGGACAGAUACGGAGGAAAGGAUAACAAUUUUAUUAUCGUGGGGAACAAAAUAGACAUGACCAGUAAACGGGUGGUGACGUAUGAAAUGGGCAAGAAAUAUGCUGAGAGACUUGGUAUUUCGUUUAUGGAGACCAGUGCCAAAACUUCAACAAACGUGGAAAAUCUAUUUACAACGAUGGCAGAGGAAAUCAAAAGCAAAAUCGAUAGCGGUAAACUAGAUACCACACAUAGAGGUGGGAAAGUGAAUAUUCGCAAUAGUUCACCGAUCAAACAAUCACCGUGGGUAUGUUGUGCGUGAGGAAAUGGCAACAUGGUAAUUGCAGUGACGAGGUCGUACGUCAGUCAUAUGAAUAUAAGAAACAAAUAUUCAUAUGACUGACGUACGGCUUCAUGCAAAAAGUACUCAAAACUCAAUGUCAUUUGGUGAAGAAAGUUGACUUUCUGAAUGGAGAAACUAGUUUUUUC